UUUAAAAUCAUACUGAAUGCCUCAAAUAAAUCACUUGUAUUAAUGAAUACCACAGUACCUUGCAAAAGUCGUUCAUACAUGCACAACAUGAACUUUGACUGUGCUACCCGCCAUGGCUGCGGGUUUCUAAAUCCUCCAAUUCUGGAGUUGUUUCUCCUGUCAUUUUCAUUUUGUUUUUGUAUCGCUGUAAUUGAUGUACAUUUCCAUGGAUAUUUGACGUUUUACCACCGAAUAAAAGAACAACAAAACAAAGACCAUUGAAUUCAACAUACACUAAACGCUAACUCAGUUGAUUUUGAAGUUUUAUUAUAGGAUUAAACAUUCUUUUUGAAGAAUUUAUCGAUGUGUAAACUCCGGACAUUUUACUCACAAACUGAAUAAAAGUGCGAAGCACUUUUAUGUUAAGUUUGUGAGUAAAAUGUCCGGAGUUUACACAUCGAUAAAUUCUUCAAAAAGAAUGUUUGAUUCUUAUAAUUCCAAUUCGUUCACUUUAUUAACAAUUGCAAAAAUUUGAAUAGUUUCCCUGCACUAUGUUAUUUGUUUUCAGGCGUGUAUGAAUACAUCGCGCGUUUUCGGAUUUAUUGAUGUGUAAACUCUUGUUCAGCUUUAUUUUUGUCCAAUCAAAACAAUUGUAAUAAAUGAUAUUGGAAUUAUAUAUUGUUACACUGUAAGAAUGUCAAUAUAAACUUCAAAGCCACAUUAUAUCAUGCGCUAAUGUGAUCUGGAAAAGUGAUCAGAAUACUUAAAAAUGUUAUCAACAAUAUUGCCGUCACAAACAGAGGGUAAUCUAGAACCUGGGACGUUUUAUUACAACGCUUGGGGUGUAGCUUCAAACAGGGUAUAAAAGGCAGACCAUCAUUAAAAACAUCGCAAUAUCACGUCAAAAUGAAGCUGGAUACAAAAUUUCUCGGAUGGAGCGUAGUCAUGGUAAUGAAAUUUCAUAUCAAUGAGUUUAUUUAACAGUUUCAUGUAUUGUUUUUGUAGAAAAAAGGGAACGAAUCUAUUCUAAAUUCUGGUGACUAUAUAUAUAAACGGCAAUAACAGUGUAUAGGUACAUCUGGAUAUUAGUAAUACGAAAGCAUUGAGAUAUUCACGAUGGGUUUAAUUUUGCGGAAAAAAUAUGAAUUUCAUAGUGAACAUAGUGAAAUUAAAACGACCGUGUUAAUUUCCCAAUCUACAUUAUUCCUAAUUCAGUUUGAUAUUUUUCAGAUUUUAUCUAUGUCGCAGGAAAACAAUGCCAUGACUUUAGCUGACAGAGGAAGAAAACUUCAGGGAUUCGAAGGCUUGUGUAUGGAUUGCGGAUAUUUCAUUCCCAACAUGCACUGCGAUCUCUUAGUACCAUGUACAAAAGAAACCUGUCGGAAGGAAUGUGUUCACGAUGGCCCCUGGGUGAACAAUGAAAACCGGCCAUCAGUAUGCGAUAAGUCUCAAAAUAGGAAUCCGGAGGUGUAUGAAUGCUGGUGGGAUAACGCAUGCGCUGAAAAUGAACGAUGUUGCAUCACAGACAGCGGAAGUUAUUGUAGUUCUUAAUUUCAAAUAAUUACUAAACUUUACCAUUAAAAAAAAUGGAAUAUUUUUUCAUACAUUCUUUAAUAUAUAAAAAAUAUAUAUACGAAAAA